AACAGCGAAAUAAUCUGUCAUGGAGCCAUCCCAGUCAGCGACCAAUUCUGGCCGCAAGAAAUAUUCGUCGGGGAACCAGGACGCUGAAGAUCAGUUGAGAACCUCAUCUAGCAGUAGCAGCAGCAGCAGUUCGGAGGAAGAACACCAAAAGGUUCCGCCAUCGGUGUUUCCCAACCAUGAUUGCAAAAUCGGCCAUAAUAUCGACCUGUUCAAGGCGUUCAUGCCAGGGGAAACGUUCCGGAAAAGAAUAACUCGAAAUCUGAAACGCACAGUCUACCUGGACCAGACGAGUGCCCUGAGUCGGGAAGUGUUCCGCAGUGAUACGGCCAUGAAGCGGGAAAUAUCCCGCCACAUCAGCUUCCAUUCUACCACCAUUCAUCCGUUCAGUUACCUCCGAUUUUGCUGGGAAUGCAUAAUGAUUGCGACGUUUGCCACAGCGUUUAUCGUACUACCGUACGACGUAGUUUUUCUGUACCAUCCAGAUGAGUACGAGAGUCUGUCCUGGUUUCACGUGAUCGUCCUGAUCAUAGACUUGAUCUGUUUAAUCGACAUAUGUUUCAGCAUCCGAACCGGGUACUGCAAACGAAAAAGUCAGGAAGUUAUUCUGGAUGCCCGUACGAUUGCCAAUCGAUAUGUAGUUUUUUGGUUCUGGAUAGAUCUGAUUAGUUCUGUACCGACACCGUUGUUCACCCAUUCCAUAAUUUCAAAAAAUGGUUAUCACAACUCGUUCAUCGAGUGUUUAACCAAACAGGAAUACCACUUUUCCUGUUUCUGGGAUUUCUUGAAGGUUCUGUCACUGCUGAAAAUGCUCCGGUUGCGGACUUUUCUACGCUACAUCAACAACGUGUUCAGGCGCUUGAAGCUCCGCCGGAAUAUUAUGAAGAUAACGACCAUCGGCACAGUUAUUGUAGUUGCUCAACAUUGGACGACCUGCGUGAUGUUUUUAGUUCCCCGUCUCGUACAAGGCACCGAUGAAGAACUUAUCGAUCCACAGUCAUGGACGGUGAAAGAAGAAGUAUGGGAUGACACCCCAAUUAUUCGUUAUCUUCACUCAUUUUUCCGAACGAUAUACUUACUCGUCGGCGUAACCCAUUCGGUUGACAAUUUCAUGACCCAAGAAGACAUUUUGUUGGACCUAGUAAGCGUCAUUCUUGGAUACGUGUUAAAAAUCUAUAUUCUAGCGGAACUAUUGAUAUUUAUUAGGAUUAUGUCCUCCAGCAUAAGCAUGUACCACGAACAUCGUCACGAUCUCCAGAACUACAUUAACCACGAGCAGCUUCCGAAGCUGCUCGAGACACGAAUGCUUCAGUAUUACAACUACAGGCUUGCCAACCUGUACAGUCGGGAGUCGAUGAUCGAUCGAGCAACCGGUGAGCAGUUUAUCCCUGCCAUUCGGGAGAACCGAUGCGGUGCGAUGAUAAACCAGGUUUCACUUUUCCGAGACACUCUUCCGUCGGAGGUAGCGCAUAAGCUGAUGAUGGCACUGCGAUACCAGCUCUAUCUGAAGGAUGAUUUGAUUGUCAAUGCGGACCAUGCAACCAGCAACGCCAAGAUGGUUUUCGUACUGCGGGGAACGGUCGCCAUUUAUACGAGUAAUUGGCGUGAAGUGCUUCAUCUGGAGGACGGUGAACAUUUCGGCGAGUAUCAGCUGGUGUUGAAUGGUUUGGACAUGAAAUAUUCCAACAUUGUCGCGGUAGAAUCAAGCGAAGUGUUUGUUUUGGCUGCGACUGACUACAAGGAAGUGCUUUCGCACUAUCCUGAAAUCCGGGAGAACAUUUAUUUAUUAGCUCAAGAACGAUACGAAAAACUGGUGACUCUUGAGACUAAUAUUGUUAUGGAUACCAUCGCCGAAGCGGAAACGAUUAGAAGAACGAAGAAAAUUUAUUAGUAAUAGACAAAAAUAUGCCUGUUGAGGGAGAGAUGUCCUCCAUUAAUAAAACUAAUCAUGUUUAAGAAUUUUUGGUGGUAUUCAACGGGGAAAACAUGUAAAUGGUGAGUUAAGCGAAAGCAAUUAUGUGAAAAAACCGCAGGGACAAGAUUCGUCUCUGCAACCCUUGGGACUCCGGCCCAAUGCUCGCUUUAGAGACAUGCUACGAUCA